AGCACGAGCUGAGUUUAAGCACUGCAGUUAACCAAGUUCUCAGCGGCAAUACCAAAAUGCUAAAGUCAACUCUACUUUUUGCUUUCGCUUGCCUUAUCGUGGCUGUUCAGGCUCAAACUCCCAGGCCCAACGAAAUUUGCCGUACUGAAAACGAAAGGUGCCGCCGAAAUGAACAGAGGCUGGGAAGGAACAAUGAUGUCUCGAACAUAUUCAACAAUCACUGCCGCCAGUCCUCUAGCAACUGGCGUAAUGUAACCCGUUGCGAACUGACCCUGGCCUCUUGUCGACUGACAAUCGAGCGUUGCGCCGUCGUAAAUUGCGAAAACGUGAGGCGGAACCUUGGUGGAGGUGGCGUUGUUCCUCCAUCUCCAAGGACGACAACUCCCCGGGUUCCUGCUCCUCAAACUCGCACUCCCUCGUCUCGCCGGACUACGACUCGUCGGACCACUACUCGUAGGACCGGAACAACUAGAACCCCGUCUCCUCGCAGAACCACCACUCGCAGGACCCCGACAACCAGAACUCCUCGCCGAACUACUACUCGUAGGACACCAGCUACUAGAACUCCUUCCCCUCGUCGUACUACCACUCGUCGUCCUUCCGAAGAGUAAACCAGCCGAUAAAACGACUAACCUGGCCUUGCUAGAAAAUGUUACCUAAAAUGUUUAUUACUGAAACCCAAUAAAAAUUCAAUGCUCUCUAAAAAUA